CGACCGAAAUCGACGGGAUCCGAUGCUACGAGCAUGGCAACUCCAGAAGUCGGGAAUGUGCAAUUGAGGAAGGCGACUCGGGAUGGCGAAAAAAGAAAUUCAAAGAGGACGAAGAAGUGCAAGUACCUCGUGCAGGUGUUUGGUUGCGGGUAUCGCGGAAAAAAGAUGAAGUUAUGCCCCAAACACAAACACGACCUGUUACCGAAACUGUGCCACGUCCUGCGCCUACCAGAGGAAGUUCCCUUUCACAUGGAGAUCUACGACGAAGAAUGGAAGGAGUUCGUCGACGUGGACUUGAUUCGGCUGCCCGACGAGGCGACGCUGCGAGUGCGCUUCGGGGAAUCCGAGGAGAACACGAAAGUUUCUGGGGCUGUGAAGCGUUUGUCGAAGAAGCGGUACAUGACCCUUAUGCACCGGUUCCUCAUGUACUGCAUAUUCCGUCCAGAUGUUCUGCACGUCUUUCCAUAUGUCCAGAGGAAGAGCAUCUUAUGA